AUGUCCCGAGUCAUCGCAGUAGCAGGAGGAUCCGGCCAGAUGGGCAAAGCCAUCAUCGACGCUAUCCGUGCCGACAACAAGUUCCAAGUCGUCAGCCUCGGUCGAAAGGUGAGUCCUUUUCGCGUCGUUUCCGGUCGGUCGACCGCUGAUAAGCCUCGAACCAUCGGAGUCGAUUACAACGAUGUCGCCGUUCUGGUCAAGAUCCUGGAGGAGAACCAGGUCCAUACCGUCAUCUCCACCCUCAACACCGGAGGUGAUGAUACGGCCGAGUUCAACCUUGUCGAAGCUUCGGACAAGUCCUCGGUCACCAAGAGGUUCAUCCCUUCUACCUGGGGUAUCGAGUACACCGAAGAGGUCGCUGGCUACUUCCCCAUCGCCAACAGCAAGCUCAAGCUGAUGGCCAAGCUCGACGCGACCUCGCUCGAGUACACCAACAUCCCUACCGGUCUCUUUGCCGACUACUUUGUUGCUCCGUACAUCGACACCUAUCUCUACCCCUUGGCAGUCUUUGUCGACCCUGCGCACAACACCGCAGCGAUCCCCGCCUCGGGGGACGUCCCCGUCGCCUUUACCCAUUCGUGGGAUACCGCCAAGUUUGUCUCCGCGGCGAUGUCGUUGGACAAGUGGGAAAAGACUUCGUACAUCGGUAGCGACAAGGUAUCCUGGAACCAGCUCGUUCGCCUGUUCGAACAGGCGAAGGGAACCAAGUUCACCGUCAAGCACGAUGAUAUGGAGACCCUCCGACAAGGUCAAAUCACCGAGCUUCCCUCGCACCCGGCUACCUACCCUCAUUUCCCCAAGGAAGCGAUGACGGGCAUGUUCUCCGCCUUUGGGGUCAUGUCCGAGACGGGCAUCUUCGACUUCAAGCCGGAGAAGACGUUGAGCCAGCAAUUCCCCGAGAUCAAGUUGAGGAGUAUGAAGGAGCUCAUUGAUACCGCUUACAAGAAGCAGUAA